GAGGUUCCUCAAGUCUCGGGCAAUAAAGCAGAGUCAAGGAGCAGCGGUUGGAGCUGCAACCCCGUUGCGAUGACCAUGAAGGAAACUGAAGAGCAGCUGCUGCUGGUGAGCAGGGAAAACCAAGUGCUGAAGAUCAAGCUGGAAGCCACGAGAGAAGCAGGGGUACAAGCUCUCAGAUCUGCCUCCCAGAAACUGUAUCACAAUUACCAGACUCGGUCAGAAGAACUGAAAAGAAGCCAUGAGAAUGAGAAGAAGCAAAUACAGGCCUACAAUCUCCAACAAGAAGAGAAGCUCCAGGAAAGUGAAGAGAACACCAACCACCUCGCUGAGGGCAUCAGGGAAAAAUGCAGCCGCAUCGCAGAGAUGGAGAAGCGCGUGCAACGGAUGGAGGAGGAAAAGAAAAAGCUGCUAGAGAAGAAGAUGUCAUUUGAGAAGCUGCUUCAAGAGAUGAUGUCAAGGAACGAAGACAGCAAACGGUGCCUGGAUCUCCAGAGGCAGAUUUUCACCCUCCAGGAGCAGAUCUCUCACCUGCAACGCUUGAUCCAGACGCAACACCAUGGCCUACGCGAUGUGAUACAGGAGGCAGAGGAAUUGAACGAGGAACUCAGGAGCCAAGAGAAAAAAAUCGAGAGCCUGACAGAGAAGCUGACUACGCUGGAGGCACAG